AAUAAAUAAAAUAAAUAAAAAUAAAAAUAAUAACAACAACAACAACAACAACAACCACCACCAAAGUAAAGAGUGGUUCAACGUUUACACUAGAUAACACUGAACAAAAAUGGCGGACAUAUUUUCAUAUCAAAAUAUCCAGCUGCCUACUAAGGAACAUGUGAACGCUUUGAGACGCAUUUAAAAGUUUUUUGCAUUAAUUGUCCUAUGUCGUCUCCAAGUUAAUUACAUCAUGAAAUAAAUUAAAAAUCUAAUUUAUUGCCGAGUUCAAACCAAAUUUUAUCUGCUUCGAAACAGCAGCUUGAAUCAGAUGCUCAGACUGUGUUGCGUUGCCUUGGUUACCGAGCUAGCCUAGCGUGGAUUCAGCGUCCUCUUGGUAAUCGGCUAGCUGGCUAGCUAAACUGGGGGAAUUUCAGUUCUGCGCUCCUGGUUAGCUAGUUAAUCUUCAAACUUAAUACAUUUAGCUCUGUAUAUUUAUUUGAUGUGUGAGACUGAUGUGUAAUGAAGACCCUCCCAGUUUGCCUGUUGAUUAGUAAGUAAGAUAACGGGAAGACGUGAUGAGCCAGUGCCUGCACAUGAGCCUGAGGUAAACCUGUAACAGGAAUGAAAUAUUGCUCCUGUGGACUGCACCGCUGAAGAUGAAGAAAAUUUUCCAUUUCACCAAAAGAAGAAAAGGCUCUCCAAGUGCGUCUGAAACAGCCAGUGUGCUUUCUGUUGGCUAUGACCUGAAGGAGAAAGACUUGGGCAAAGUGCAUAAAGCUGCAUUCACUGGAGAUGUGGCUAAACUCAAACAACUCACCAAAAAGAACGACUUAAACCAGCUUGAUAAAGAGAACAGAACUGCACUACAUAUAGCCUGCGUUCAUGGACACACAGAAGUGGUUCAGUAUUUGGUGGAAAACAAAGUUAAACUCAACCUAUGUGACAAUCAGAACCGCUCCGCCUUAAUGAAGGCUGUGCAGUGCCAGCAGGAUCGCUGUGUGUCUAUCCUUCUGGAGCAUGAGGCAGAUCCCAACUUGGUGGAUAUCAACGGGAACACAGCGUUGCACUUGGCUGCCCGCAUCCCCUCGCUACCUGUGGCACUGAACCUCCUUGAACAUGAGGCGAACAUCAAUGCCCAGAACAAGGAAGGCAAUACUCCCUUGAUAUUGUCAGUGGAAGAAAAUCAUGCAGAGAUGGCUGAAUUUUUACUUAAGGAGGGGGCAGAUGUUAAUCUCCAAAACCAGGAGUGCCGAACCCCUUUACUGAUUGCUGCUUGCAAUGGCCAAAUCAGUAUGGUGCGACUGCUUUUGCAGUACAAUGCUGAUAUCGCUGUGAAGGAUAAUAAAGGAUGGUCAUCUGACGACUAUGCUGUAAUGAAUGGGCAUCAUGCUUGUUCACAUCUAAUCAUUGAGCAUGGGACGAAGAGGAAGCCCUUGCAGUCACCCUCCCAUCUUUCCUUCAAUAAAAAUAAGCAGAGUUCAUUAUUGGGCAGUCCUGAGGCCGGCUUUGCUCUCGGAGGUCCAACUCUAGGGAAAGAUGGAGGAAGUGCAAAAGAAGAAGGGAAAGAUACAGAGGACAAUUCACAUGCAGACUCCAUCAGUAGAGCAUCAAAAAGUGGUCCUGCUGAUUCCUGGCCCUCUACAGAUGAUGAUGAUGAUGAUGAUGAUGAUGAACAGCUUGACCUGGGCCCAAAGAAACCUCAAAAGCUAAACUUGAAGAAACUCAUGAGUGCCUCCAAAAUCGAGGGGAAAAGAUUCACUGUGGUCCAGGAUCCAGAUAAAUCCUGGAGUGGCACUGAGUCCGAGCCUAUCAGCGAGGGCAAUGCAAUAGAACCCAUGGCUUUCCCUGGUAGCAGUUCCUCCACCCAGCAUCCUGUAACCCCUAAACCUAUCUCCUUUUCCAACCUUCCCCAGAUGACCUCCAUCCCCCUCAUCAGCUCCCAAAAGGAAAUCGAGGAAAAGUCAUCUUCAGAAGAUGAAUAUGAGGAAGAGGAUAUGGAUGAAGAAUGUGAUGAGAUACAAAAUGAAAGAUCAGAUGUUGACAAUCUACAAAAGACAGAAACUUCUAAGAAGAGGGAUUUUUUGUCAGAGUUAGGAAUUGAAAAAGAAGAUGAAGAGGAUUCGCCUUGGGACUCGGAGUCUGGCUCAGACAGCCCGAGCAAAAAGGAGCAAAGUGAAAGGCUGAACUCCCCAACCAAGUCACAUAAACCCAUGUCCAGUAUUCGUGAGGAGAGCAGUGAAGCCCUGCAUUAUAUUCCAUCUUUCUUAAGAGGAUCGAAGCACAGUAGUGUAUUCAGGAGUGUUGCUUGGCCUGGAGGUCAGAAGGCAGUGGUUUUAAGGACUAGUCAGGAAGAGGAGGAUAACAGCGAUGAAGAGAAAUUGGAAAAGCAGCACAAACUGCUUCAUAGGGAGCCAGUAUCAAUGCUGAAUAAACUGCUGGAGUCUAAAGAUACUAGAAAAAGGACCGAUGUAAUGGAGGAACUUGGUUUAGGAGAUGUUGAUGAUCUUGAAGAUGCUUCAGACUGGGACUCAGCAAGUACUACCAGUAAAGCCAGUAAAAACCUGCCGGUCUAUAAACCCGAGGAAGAGUUAGCGAGUGAAACCCCAUUGCCUCUGCCGGUCGUCCAAGGGCAGGAACAUCCAAGAGCAUCUGUUGCAGAAACAGAAGGAGCUGCCAACACAAAAAAGGAAGAAGGAAAAGAAUCUUCCCUUUUAAGAACUCGUCCAUUGCCAAGUCCACGCUCAUUCAAAACUCUUACCAGCACACAGCCCCAACCUCAACCUCAACCUCAAACACACAUUCACAAGGAGUCUAUUAAGAAACCAAUGAGUGAUGAAGAGUCAGACUGGGACACAGACAACACCUCCAGUCGUGCAAAGUUGACAACUCCACUGCCAAACAUUGUUGAGACUGAAACAGGUACAGUGUCACCACCGGAGGAAGACAGAGAGUGUGACCAUAGCUCAGAGGCCAAUGAACAUCCUGAAGAGGAGAGACAGACAUUAGAUGCACUUGAGAUAGAUGUAAGUAGUCCAUAUCAGCUAGCCCCCUCUGAAUCCCAGACCACUGAGGUAGGAGAGAAUGAAGAGGAUAAAGAAAAGCAAGAAGAUGUAGAAAAUACAUCUUUCCAUGAGACUACCUGGGAGCAACGCUAUGAGAAAAUCUGGGUGGAAAUUGAGAAAAAGGAGACAAAAUCCCAAUACAAAAACGUAACCGCUGAGCUUAAAGAAAGGUUUGGAGAGAUAGAGCAGAAAGCGCAAAGUGAGACUGCCCAGGACCAAGAGGCGAAGGAAGAAAAAGAAGAAGGAAAUGAAAAUAUAAAAAAAGACGUUCCUGUGGGUGCAUCUGAAGAAGACUCCAUUGAAGACGAGGAAGAGUUGAUAGUGCGACCCACUACACGGGCUAGGAGUGUUCGACUGCUGCCUAUUCCUGAGCAGAGGGAGUCUGGACAAGAGGAAUCCUACUCUGAGGAUCUUCCCAAUAACGAUUUUGCCAAACACAAAGAUAUCCAGCAACAUUCUUUAGAGACUCUGAAUGAAACUGCUCACGAAACACUAAGCAGCUCUUACCAAAGGUCUGGCUAUAGUGCAGACGCUUUCUCUAAUAUAAGUGAAAAUAUAGAGAACUUAAGAUUGGCUCACUCGGGUGAUCUCGAAACUUCAUUUGCUAUGAACCAAGAAUCUUCUCAGGAAGCUGGGAUUAGUCCGCUGCAUUUGGUUGGGGAGCCGAGGAUCCUUCCUUCUAUCCCAGAUGCAGUCUCUUGCAACUCAGAGGAAUUGGUUGAGGAGGGCCUACAGAGGUCCAUAAAUGAGGCUGGUGUCAUGAGAGGAGAACCUAAAUCCAGUGUCUUAUGGAAGACUCAUGGCUCUGGUAAACAAUCUGACAUUGACCAAGAAAAAGGCAAGAAAGCAGACACCAACCCUGACAAGCCAAACCCUAAACAGGGAGGGACUUGUGAUAGUGGAUCUCAACAGAAGGAUCAUGUUUCACCAAAAUGGCCAACAAGAAGCCCAAGGAGGAAGACAACACUGCUUGAUGAUGAGGAGAAGAGAACUAUGGGUAGCCAGGGGAACCUGCUACGUGUUCCUGCCUCAAAGCAGUCUAGCGAUCCCUGCCCUGUGAACCAUCGUAAUGGAGGCCCCCUGUCUGUGUUUGAUGAUAGUACUUUAAGUGAGGUGUCAGAAGAUGAAGGAAGGUCUCCAUCCUCACGACAUAGGGCUGAGAAAAAGAAUGGUGGAGAGUUGGAAAUAGCAGAUGACUUUGAAGACCUCACACAGUCGUCUGACACAGCUACUGAAGAGCUGGACUCUGCUACAUCAGGCUACUUUAAUGCCUCUCUGCUCAUCAAGCAGCUGGAUACCAGCUCUAUAGAUUCAGUGAGCAUGGUGAAGUUGCAGAACAUGUUCCAUGAGUAUGAGCACACCAUCCAGAAGGAACGCAACAGACACAGCCGACUAGCUGAUAAGGUUUCUCAACUGGAGCAGGAGCGGAAUGAGCUCAAACUCCUGCUGGAUGAGAGCAGAGAGAGCAAGUCCAGCCUGGAGCACCUCCGACUAGAGCUGGAGACAGACCUCAACAACUUCAAGUUUCUGCUGAAGCAGGAACAGGAGAAGCACCAGAGUGCUUCUAUGCUGUAUGAUAAGACCCGGGAGCAGUUGUUUAGGAAAGAGGAACAGCACCGAGACGAGGCAGAGGAGAGGGAGAGAGCGGAGCUCAAAAUGAGAAACCUGGAACUCGAGAUUAGGGCCCUGAUGAACAACAUGAAGCAGUUGGAAGAUGACAGGAAUGAAACCCAGCGUCUUUUGGCCCAUGAGCAAAGUGCUCGAGCCUUACAGGAGGACCUGCUGAAUAGUCACCUGCGCAAGCAGCAGGAAAUUGAAGAGAAGAACCUUAGAAAUGUCACCAAGAGCAACGAGGCCACAUCCCAGCUAACUGAAGCCAGUGAGCGUGAGAGGGAGCUGCAGCAGCAGGUCUGCACUUUGCAGGAGGAGCUGAGCUCAGUGCGGGCUGAGCUGGAGCACUUUCGUUCACUCAGCCGGCAGGAGGAGAGCAGACUGGUCGAUGAGAGAGACGCGCUGCGGGAGAGACUAGAGGAUGCUCGACGUGACCUAAAGCUAAAUGAUGAGACCCUAGCUCAGACUGUCUUCCAGUACAACGGGCAGUUGAGCACCCUGAAGUCAGAUUGUACACUGCUCAGCACCAAACUGGAGCACGAGAGGCAGGUGCGCCAACAGCUGGAGACUGAGGCUGAGACCAGCAAAGCACGGCUCCAGGCAGCCCUGCAGGAGACUGAGAGGUGUCAGGCGGCACGUGCAGAGACAGAGCGCACUCUGCAGCGCGAGCGUGAACAGCAUCAGCGAUCUGAAGAGAAGCAGACAUCAGAAUCCAACUCACAGCGUGACACCAUCCAGUCACUUUCUCAGAAGCUGAGUGAGGUCGAGGCCCGCGCCAACAGUCUGGAGAAUGAGUGGCACAGAGCCACCCUGAGCGUGGCUGAGAAGAGUGCGAUGUUCGAGACGGCAGCUCGCGAACGGGAACAGGCCCGUGCACGGCUCGAAGAGCUGGAGGGGACGCUGCAGAGCGAGCGUGAUCGGGCCAGCCGUGCCGUCGCUAGACAGGAUGCCAUGCAGGAGAGGCUGGCACAGGCACAGAGCGAGGGUGCCCUGCUCAGGCAGCAGUUGGAGGAGGCACAGAACAGGGGCACAGCCAAGGAGCAGGCUGUUACGGACGCGCAGGAGUGCUUCACCCAAGCGCUCAGCCAGCUGCGUGCCAACGGUGAGGAGAGAGUGCAGCUGGUCGAGGAGAGGAGCAAAGAGCUGGCAACCAAAAACGCAGAGCUCCGAGAGCAAAACUACAGACUAGAGCAGGAGAAAGCUGAUAGAGAGAGCUCUCUGAGGCAGCUUCAACAGGAUCUGGCUGAUUCUCUAAAGAAGCUGUCCAUGUGUGAGGCGUCUCUGGAGGUGAACACUCGGUACCGCAAUGACCUGGAGGAAGAGAAAGCGCGCACUCAGAAGGACAUGGACAGACUCAGGGGAAAGCUUCAGGAGAGUGAGGAAAACAACAUUCAGGUGGAAAGGCGCGUUAACACUUUGAUGGGCACUUUGGAUGAGAAGGAGCGGGACCUCAUCUGUACUGGUCAGAAACUCCAGGAGGUGCUCGCUGCUACAACACGUUCAGAACAAACCAUUAAACAACUAGAGGAGGCAGUACAGAGAUUGGAGAUUGAGAACGCCAGACUAGAGGCAACAGCAAAACAACAGAAUAACCGCAUUGAAAUCCUCCAAAAAGAAGCUCAGGAAGCUACUGCUCUGACCGAUUCAUCACCAGGAGGAGGGGUGCGAAAUCAAUUGGAGAAUUUAGUCACAAAUUUGCAAAGCAGCAAAAUGACACUAGAGGAUCAGCUCAGUCGUGAGGUCCAGAAGCAAAGUAUGCUUUCCCACAAUGCCCAUGACUCUCAGGCCCUGUGGGAAGAGGAGCUGAAGAAUCGAUCACGGUUUGGUCUCCGACUGGCUGAACUGGAAAAAGAGAAAGGAGAGCUCAGCAACCAGAUGGAGCUAGAAAGGAAGAAAGCCAAAAAGAUAGCAGAGCAGAAGAAGGCCGUCGAUGCCCGACUGGACCAAGAGAUGAAGAGAAACACUGAACUUCAGAAAGAAAUGUACAGGUUGCGGACUCUGGUAAAGACUGCUAAGAAGAAGCUGCGGGAGCAGAAUGGAGGAGAGCUGGGUUCUCCUAUGGGCAGUCUGAGAGGAGAGCUGUCCUACAGACAGAAUGAGACGGAGGGAGCCGUCAGCAGGAUGAAGAUAAAAGUGGAUGAGCUGCAAGUGCAGUUGGAGAGGGAGGCGUUACGCUGCUCCAAGCUGGAAGACAUGAACCGGGAGCUGAAGGAGCAGCUCAGCUCUCUGAAGAGCCUGGGUCGCAGUCACGAGCGUCUGGAGCGCAGUAAGCAGCAGCUGGAAGAGGAGGUGACAGGCCUGCGCAGGAGGAUGGAGGCAGGGGUCAUGGACCAGAGCCAAGCCGAGCAAUUCCGCAGGGAGACGGAGGAGAGAGCCAGACAGGAGAUACGGCAUAAACUAGAUGAGAUCAACCUCUUCCUGCAGACACAGGCAGCGUCUCAGGAAGCUCUGGAGCAGAUGAAGGCUGCUAACGAGGCGAGUCAGAGAGCCGAGCUGGAGCAGCGCAUUAGGGAGCUGGAGGCCGACCUGAGCCGCGCACACACCACUCAGCAGGACAGUCUACUGCAGAGAGAUUCCAGCCGCACAGAGCUUGAACGCUACAGACAACUCUACACUGACGAGCUGAGACUCCGGAAGAGCCUCACUAACAAGCUUGAAAGGUCUAAUGAACGGCUAGCAGAGGCCAACGCAAAGCUACUAAGCGAGAGGCAGCGCAGCAAAUCUCUCCUCGGAAGCAGUAUAAUCAACGGAAGUCUGGGAGGACCGGCUCUGGACACACAUCCCCCUCUGGGCCGCCUGGGUUUGGGAGCGUCUCUGCUCAGCCCUGUGGGGGAACAGCACACCAACCGUGUGGAGACCUACCUGGCAAAGAUGCAGUCUGAACUGGAGAAAAACAUAUCAAAGGAGCUGGACUACGGUACAAGCGAGCUGGAGGGUGCCUCUACCCGGAUGUCUCCAGUGGGUUCUGCUUGCGGCUCCCAGAAGAACCUCAACUCAAAUCUGAUUGUGGAGCCACAGGACAAACUGAGCAGAGCCACACAACAGUACCUGGAGGUUCUCAAAAAGAAUUACAUGAUCUGAAACUUUUCACACUAGAAUGGGCCAGUGGGAUUUAGCACAACAAAUAUGACUGAAAAAUUCUUUACCUUAUUAUUAUUAUUAUUUAUUUUUUUUAAGUAAAGGUGAAUUGUGUGUGGAGAGAAAACCACUGUUACCAUUUAACUUGUUUUACAGUUAUGUUAUUUGGUCUAGUGCUGUAAAAUACCCUUUACAGCCUUCGUGUACAAUUUCUUCUGGUGGAUCUGUGCUUGUUCUUGUGCCUGUUGUGAAUCUCCAUUGAAGUAUUGGCAACAGAAUUGGUACUGGUGUCACCUAGUGAAAAGAACUGCGUCUGCUUCUGUGCAAAAAUAAUGGAUAAAGGCACGCAAAUAAUCUUUGUGACAGGGAGCACUCACUUUAUACACAGACUGAAGAAAUGUAGAUGUAGGCCAGACAGGAAUAAUGGAUAGUGAUAUGAGGAAAGGACACUAGACAGCUGUGACCACCAUUAACCUUCAGGAAAAAAAAAAAAGGUACUACGCUAGCACCAAUAAAAGGCCGAAGCCGAAACACUAAUACUCCAAUAUUUUAUUUGUAUUACUAUUUUUAUCGAUGAUCCAUAUCUAUGACAAUGCACUUUGUACCUCAGAUACUCAGGAGAAAGAAUAAAACUUUUUAAAACAAUUAAGUGGCAGUGAAAGCUACAGUAUAGGGGUUAUGUAAUAAAUGGGUACACGUAGAGUGCUGCUACAUUUUUAUGCCUGUUACAGCUUAACGGUAUUUUGAAUGUACGCUGAUACGAGUUUAUAUUUGUACAUGCUGUUUUGGAAGUAUUGGAUUUAGUACCAUGAAUAUUAUUGCCAAUUAAUCAUGAUGGUACAGUCUGUGCUGUUGUGCAAUAUGUUGUCAAGUUUUGUUUUCAGUUCUGAGGUUAAAACACGUUUUGUCUGUUUUUUUUUUUUUCUAUUUUGAGACAAAACUAGAAUAUGAUCUAGUGACACCUCUUCAUUGUAGCACUGCAUCAUGCGGUAUUGUACGGUACAGUGGUGUGCUUUUUGUGUCCGUUCUGAGCAUUUCAGUAUUGCCAUGUUUUAAGAACAGAAAAAAAUUAAAUGGUUUAAAAAAAUAAAAAAAAAUAAAAAAAUUCAAGUGUUUGUUAAUGAAUUCAUUAAUGAUCUGCAAAUGGAGAUAAUACUUUGUUAUGCAAAAUUGCUCUUCAGACAAAAAUAAAUAUAAAAAAAAGGCCAAAAAUACCUGC